UACGCCAAUGCACUCCCUGAAUACCGGUGUUUAGAACACGUGUGUUGAUUUGAGUAGAAAUCGAAAUUAAAAGUUUACUUUCGAUAAAAGUAAACUUAAAAUCAAAAUCGGUAAAAUGAAGGAGAUGUGCUUAAAGAAGAACAAGAAAAAACAUGAUAAACACAAUGAAAGCUCAAAUGAUUUUGAGAGAAAGUCUACUAAUAAUGAUCUAACGAAUACUGAAUCUGAUAAUGCAGAUUUAAUGGAAGGCACUAAUGAUUAUAAGAAAGAAAAAGAAGAAGAAGAAUUAGACAAUCAUGAGAUUGAAUUACUUAUAUCAAAACAAGAAAAGAAGAGGAAGAAAGUAACCGACGAAAUAAUCGAAAUCGCUUCUAAAAAGAUGAAAAAAUUUGAAAACAGUCUCUAUAAGCAACCAACGGUUGAGGAGCUCAAUCAGUUUAGAGAGACAGAAAAUUUAUUUCAUUCAAAUUUAUUUCGAUUUCAAAUUGAAGAAGUUCUCAGUGAAGUAAAGCUUAAAGAUAAAUAUAAAGUAUUAUUUAAUACCUGGUUUGAGAAAUUAAAAGAAGCGAUAGAAUCCAUUGACGAAACUGAAGAGAUAUUGCUUGUAGAUAAUAAUUUGGAAGAUGAGUUAGGCGUGCGUGUUCCCGUACCACGUGUACCGGAAGAAACCAAGAGUGUUUUUAAAUUUCUGAAACCAUCUGACAUCAGUGUUGUUGGAUCUUUCAACUCAGAAUGCGUACUCGGGCCUACUGUUACUGUAGAUGUAAUGGUGGAAAUGCCAGCUGCCUCAUUUCGAAAACAAGAUUAUCAAAAUUAUAUAUAUUUUAGAAAGAAAGCGAUAUACCUGGCAUUUGUAACAUCGAGCAUUAAAAACGAUAUCGCGGAAAGUAAAAGGUUCAUCGGCGACGAUUUAAGACCUUGUUUGAAGCUUCGGCCUAGUGGAAAAUUAAAUAAAAAAAUCGAUGUGAUAAUACACGUAUCUGCGCAGGAAGCCAGUUUUAAUCUGAACAGGUUCUUGCCAGAGAAAAAUAGUGUUAGACCAAGAUGGUAUCUUAAUAAAAAAUCUCCGGAUGACGAAGCUUUACUACCAACUCCGCACUAUAAUUCUUUAAUAAUGCGUGACCUGACAAUGAAGAGCACAAAUUCUGAAGUUGCGCAAAUAACAAGGGAGUAUCCGAAUUUGAGGGAUGGUAUAAUUCUAUUGAAAAUAUGGCUGAGGCAACGUGAAUUGAACGAAGGCUAUGAUGGCUUUACUAGUCACAUCAUGACUAUGUUUGUCGUCUAUUUGUUACGCAUGAAAAAACUUAAUACAUUCAUGAGUAGUUAUCAAAUCGUGCGGAAUGUUUGGAUUUGUUUGGCACAGAGAAAUUGGUGCGAAUAUGGGAUCACUAUGUGCGAGGACAAAGAGAACCAGAAACAAGUAUCCCAUUAUCACAACUAUUAUGAUUGUGUCUUCCUCGACAUCACAGGUUAUCACAAUUAUGCAGCAUAUUUAUCUACGUACACUUUCUCGUGGGUGCGAAGAGAAGCAGAGCUUUCUCUGAAACAUUUGGAUAAUAUACACGUGGACAGCUUUCAAGCUCUUUUUAUGCGAAGUGUGCCGUUUUACAGAGCGUUUGAUCAAAUUUUAUGUUUUCAGAAAAGUACAAUUUUAGAAAAAAUUGUAAACAAUAAAUCCACCAUUAAUAACAAGAUCAAUUAUGGGCCAGAUAAACGUAGUCAAGUGAUUAAAUUGAUUGUUGAAGUUUUACAAAAAGGUCUAGAAAACAGGAUCGAUCGAUUGUGCAUAUUACCGCACAAAUUCACAGAAUGGGAGUGCACCGAAGACACACCGAAUAAUAUUGGAAACCUUACGAUUGGAUUUGAAUUGAAUCCUGAAACUUCUUUUAACAUUGUAGAUAAAGGACCCGAAGCCAAUCUAGCUGAGGCGGCUAAUUUCCGACAAUUCUGGGGAACUAAAUCGGAAUUGCGGAGGUUUCAAGAUGGAUUGAUUCGUGAGGCCGUAAUUUGGUCGAAGGGUAAAACUCUUGCGGACAAGAGAGCGAUAUGCAAAAAGAUAACCAUAUUUUUGUUAAAGACAAAGUUUAAUAUUUCCAAAGAUCAAUAUUUGUUCCUCACUGACCAACUGGACGAUUUUCUAAAGUUACAUAAGUUCAAAAUAACGCAUUUCACGUACGGAACCGGCGAAGAAGCUACGUUAAGGGUUUUGAAUGCUUUUAAUAACUUAGAACAAAAUUUAAUGUCGCUGAGCGAUAUGCCACUGACGAUAAACGGCGUGCAAGGAUCGAGUCCGGUCUUCCGAUAUACAGAGGUCUUUCCGCCGCUUGCUACUAUUUAUCGAAGCAGGAAAGAUAUCACCGAGGAAGAUGAGAAUUGUUUGAAACUUGCGAAGAAUAUGAAAGGAUGCCCCGCGUAUGUUCACGUGAUCGAAGUGACGUUACAAUUGUCGACCAGUGGAAAAUGGCCCGAACAAUUGGAAGCCAUUAAAAAAACGAAAACAGCCUUUUAUAUACAAAUCGCGGAAUGUCUCAGGAAACAACAUCAACUAAAAGUACAAGCUAAUCCCUCUUAUGUCGAUGUGAUGCAAGAUGGGUUAAUUUUUCGAUUAAGAAUAGCAAUUCAGAAGGAAAUUGCAUUAAUAAAGCAAAUGAAAGAAGAGGGACUUAUCAAGUACAGGGACAAUGAGGAAUCCAUCGAAUUGGAAAAUAAAUUAUUUCAUUUGCCGAAACUGAGUAGUGCGUUGCAUGGAUUGCAUUCUCAACAGCCAUCGUUUGGUCCCGCCUGCUGUAUAGCUAAACGAUGGUUAUCGGCGCAACUCUUAGACGAUGCUCAUAUACCGAACAUUGUGGUUGAAUUACUCAUGGCAUCAGUGUAUUUGACUCCAGAACCGUAUAAACCGCCUCAAAUGCCGCAAGUGGCAUUCCUACGAUUUCUGGAGGUUGUCGCGAGGGCACCUUGGAAUACCGAUCCGAUCAUCGUUAACUUUAACGACGAAAUGACCCACGAAGAAAUCUCCGCCGUUGAAACGUUAUUCGGUACCGUUCGCAGUUCGUUACCACCGUUAUUUAUAUCAACUCCUUACGAUCAGCAGAAAUCACUGUGGACCAGGAAAGCACCUUCGCACUUGAUCCUGCACCGUAUAAGUGUGCUCUCGAAGGAGUCGUUGAGAAUAUUCAACGAUCCGUUGGUCAAAGAUACGGCAUUAGACGUGAAACACAUGUUCCGCCCUCCGCUGUCGGAAUACGACUGUCUGAUACAUCUGAAGUCGACAAUGAAUCCGCGAGGAAUCCAGGCAGUCGAUGUGCUCGACAAUACGGACGUUGUAGAUCUACAUCCCUACAAGACGCAUUCGCAACAAAAAAUUCCAAUCGUAGACUUCGAUCCUGUGCAACAUUUUUUGAGGGACUUGAGGGACGGUUACGGCGAAUACGCUCUAUUCUUCCACGACACUUACGGCGGUACCGUAAUAGGAGUUCUGUUGCAACCUUCCGCCUUAGAACGUAAACAAUUUAAAGUAUCAGAGGCAAAUUGUCGAAAGCUCGACAAUGACAAUCUCGUUUUAAACAUAUCAGCGAUGAUCGAGGAUUUUUACAUUUUGGGCAAAGACAUCAUACGUUCUAUUGACAUUCCGAACAAUCGCGUUUCAACAUGAAUUAUUAAGCUAAA